GCUGCAGCCUGUUUGAGGUGACGCAAGAUCCGGAGAAAACGAGUGCAGUAGUUGAGGCGCCACGUCGGCAGAACCAACAAGAUAUAUCCUAUAUUUUUUUAAGGAAAGUUUGAAACCGCGAAAGUACGAUUUUACGUGCGUUAAAAUACAGGACAACACGCUCUUAAAGUAUAGUUUUGAAUAGAGGAGUUUGAACAAAAGUAUAAAGGCACAGGCUGAAAAUUGCAAUAAUAUUUUCAGGAAACAAACGAGCGCACCAAAUAUUCGUCUCAGGUGCGUAGCAGUCCCUUCUACAAGCGGACAUCAGAAAUUACUGGAAACAUGGUGAAGAACGUGAAUGCCACCCCAGAGCCCCAGCCUGAAGGUUGUCUCGUGGAAGAAGAACCUGAGCUUACUGAAAGCGAGCUCACAGCAGAUGAGGGGAAGGAUGCAGGUAAGGAGCACCCCGUGGCCCAGCCGGGCAUGAUCUGGCGGGUCGGGGGUGGCCUGUUCCGUGCCAGUAAAACUGUGGUGGGCGCCACGGUAGGAGGAGUCGCCUGGCUCGGUGGGAAGAGUCUGGAGUACACUAAAUCAGCAGUUACUUCAGUCCCCUCGAUGAGCGUCAGCCUGGUGAAAGGGGUCGCCGGGGGCGUGUCAUCGGUUGCCGGGGGCGUGUCAUCAGUGGGUUCCACGGUAGCUGGCAAAGUUCCGUUCAGAGCCAAGACAAAGGACAAGGCAGAGUGAGGAGGAGAUGAUGAUGAUGAUGGACACGCAACACGAUGCAUCGCCCCACCGACUGAGCCAUAAGAGGAAGUGAUGAGUUGGAGCUAGUCGCCAUGUUUUCAAAGUGGAUUGAUUUUGGUCUUUUUUCUUUUUUUCAUUUGUACAUCAUUCACUAAGUUGUACCUAGGGAAACAUGUUCAGUAGUGCCUUCUGUAGCCUCCCCCUUCUUUCCUUGUCCCCCCCCAAACACUUUCACUGAGCAGUGUGUACAGGGGAUCUUUAUCCAAACCUACAUGGUCCCCUGAAGCCUUAAGACAAUGUAAAGCAGUUAUAUAAGGAGGGAGAGAGAUAAACAGGCAUGCUAGGUUGGGUUCUUCUCUUCCACCAUUUAAAGCCUGGUUUGUGGUUUCUAAUGUGCUGGAAUUUUUGUAUGAGCUUUUUUGUGACCGCAAACACAGAACAUUUAGCUUGUUUCAAAAUGCUACAGUGAACCGUGUGAAGAUAGCUUUUUGGGUCUUCUGAAAAGAGUUUGAUAGCAUUUCCAAAAUAAGAGUUGGAGGUGAUGUGGUUCUGAGAGCCAAUAGCCCUGUUUAGGUUGAUGUUGUGACAAAAUGAUAUGAUCACUUUAAUCAUGGUUAUUCAGUAGAUCCAUAUGAAAUGGAGACGUCAUACAUUUUACAGAAAAUAAAAUCUAUUUAUUGAUGGACUAGUUUCUCUACUGUCUGUCUUUGGUCCUUUUUAUAACGUUUCUAUGGAAACUCAACAUUUCAAUGCAACAGUUUGGGUUUGUUUCUGUAUUCUGCCAUGACUUGGCUGUUGCUGGUAGAGAAUGCUGAUAUGACUGUCUGGCAUGCUUGUACUUUCCAACAUAAUAAUAAAGUCUCGUGGGAAGUUUGA